GAGCAAACAGUUGACGCUUAGACGUGAGUACGUGCACAACCUGCGCUUGAUUCGCUACCGUGUCCGUGUCAUCAAAUAAUUAAGUCCCGCCGUUGCCGCAUACAGAAAGAAAGCAAAAGCAUGAGUCACAAAUUUGUCUUAUUGGUUUGCCUGGCCGUCGCCACUGUCUGCAGCGCAGCAAAGGUGCCCGUUGCCGUUUACUACGAAUCUCUGUGUCCGGACAGCGCCAAGUUUAUUACGGAACAACUCUAUCCGGCGCUGAAGAGCGAGCUGCGCGAUGUGGUCGAAAUCACAUUUGUGCCCUUUGGCAAAUCCACAUACUCCACAUUGGGCUCUGAUGUGACCUUCACCUGUCAUCAUGGCCCCAACGAGUGUUAUGGUAAUAAGGUGCAUGCCUGUGCCAUUGACAAAAUCCAAUCGGACUCGUAUCGCUUGGACUCGACCCGCGAAUCCCUCACCCUCGACUUUAUCAACUGCCUGAUGAAGGCGGGCAAGAAUUUCCCCGACAACGUUUAUCCCGGCCAGCGUUGUGCCAGCGAGAGUCAAGUGAACUGGGAGAACAUCAAGGUGUGCGCCAAUAGCACCGAAGGCAGUGCGCUCCUGCGUCAGGCUGGCGAUGUUACCCUCAAGCUAAAGGAACCCCUCACAAGUGUGCCCACCAUUCUGUUCAAUGAGCAAUUCGAUUCAAAGGUCAACAAGAAUGCCCAGGUCAACUUUGUGGGCACCCUUUGCCGUUACGUUGGUGCCCCACAGCCUCGCAUCUGCGCCGAUCAUAAUGCCGCAUCGGGUCUGGCUAAAGUCAGUGGCCUUUUCACCACGCUCCUGGGAAUCUGGCUGCUGCGUUACCUCUUCUAAAUAGAGCUAUGAAUCAAUAUAAUUGUGGCAAGCAUUUUGAAUCUCUUUAAUUUUUGUGUGUACAUUGUUUUUUAAUUUCUCAAAUCCAUCCGUUGAGCCGUCCAUUUAAUAUGUCUACCAAUAAAGAUUAAAUUAGACUUUUAAAUACUAAUAAA